AUGCGAGUCCAAUUGCAAAAUGAUCGAUCCGCAGCGGCGUUUUCGAAGCAGUUGUUGGACAUUGGCGAAGGCAAAAUACCAAUCGAUGAUACCGGUUUGAUCACAUUGCCGAACAACUUUUGUACACUUUUACAAUCGAAAGAAAAAUUUAUUGAAAGUGUAUUUCCGAAUAUUGUUCAACACUAUCAACGCCACGAUUAUUUAAAUGAACGCGCAAUAUUGGCACCGAAAAAUGUACAUGUCAACGAAAUCAAUUUUGCCAUUCAAGAAAAACUGCCAGGAGAAACUAUAACAUAUACAUCGAUCGAUAGCGUUUUGAAUCAAGAUGAAGUAGUCAAUUAUCCACCUGAAUUCUUGAAUUCUUCCCCCGGUCUGUCACCGCAUCGUUUGGUCCUGAAAGUCGGUUCACUCAUUAUACUUCUACGAAAUCUGAAACCACCAACUUUGAUCUCAGUUCAGCUCGAUGAGUCCACUUCACCAACUAAUGAAGCAUUGUUGUUGUCUUACGUGAGGUUUAUUAAAGAUGAGAAAAUAUGUGAAGAACUAUUAUUUUCUAGAAAUUUAGAGACCGAUACAAAAGGCGAAACUAUAUUCAAUAUAUUGGAAAAGUUUUGCGAUGAGAAAGAGAUUCCUUUGAAAAAUACUAUUUCAGUUGCUACGGAUGGCGCUCCGGCUAUGACAGGGUGCMAUAAAGGCUUCAUAGCAUACUCUAAAGAUAUAAUUCCAUAUGCCCUUGGUGUACAUUGCGUUAUUCAUAGACAACAUUYAGUUGCUAGAAACUUAAAUGAAAAACUAUUUCAAUCACUGCAAUAUGUCAUCAAAGCAGACAAUAAAAUCCGCAACAGCUCUUUGAAUGAUAGAUUAUUUCAUCAGCUUUGGGUUACUAAUGACGGUGAUUUCAACCGUUUGUGGUUUCAUACUGAAGUUCGUUGGCUAUCAAGAGGUAAUUGUCUGACUCGAUUUUACAACUUGUUUGAUUCUGUUUUAGAGUUCUUGGAAACUAAAGAUACAGAAUUGCAAGAUAACAUCAUAACAUCAAAGAAUGAUAUAGUUUACAUGACAGACCUGUAUAAAUUGUUCAACAACAUGAAUCUCCAACUACAAGGUGAUAACCUAAAUGUAAUUAAAACAGAAAACGUCGUUGUUGCUUUCGCAGGCAAACUGCUUCUACACAGAGAGAAUCUGGGCAGACGUGAGCUUCACAAUUUUCCGAAUUUAUCAGUAUCAUGCAGUAAUGACGAAUUGUUUGCCUACUGCCAACAUUUGGAAAACCUCCAUAUUGACUUCACCGAACGAUACCAGRACAUUUUGAACUUGGAAAUACCAGACUGAUUGUUGGAUCCGUUUUCAAAUCAAUCAUGCUCCAUCUUCUUCACAACUCUGUAUGGCCCGAAAUAUUUGGGCUUCAAUUUCAAACACGUUCCAUACUGGAUACGCUUAAUGGCUACCAGUUCGUCAAUGUCGUAG